CGAUUAUAGUCAACAUACUAGUCAUGUAUACGGUGUGGAUAUGUAUGUAAUUCAUCCAAAUUAUACGGUAUUCAUGAAUACUAGACCCGGUUUAGAACAGGCAUACGAUAUUGCAUUAUUGAAACUGUCGUCAAAUAUAUCGAUGACUACAACAACAAUAACAGAGUUAACGGUUGGAAGAUAUCCGACAGUUAAUGCCAUUUGUUUGCCCGACAGAGACAUUGUUAACACCGAUAAAGAGUUGGCAUUGUUUGCCGGUUUCGGUAAUAUUGAUGAAAAUUAUGUCACAAAUUUGGGUCCAUUGCGUACGGGUUGGCUGCGUAUGAAUGAACCGACUAAUACAGCAUUGGAUCGUUGGACUUAUUUUAUUAGAAGCAAUAGAUAUCUUAUAAAUGAUGGCUUAGGUAUCUGUCCGGGUGACUCGGGUGGACCAUUGAUUCAGUAUGAGUUUGAUAGUCAACGGGCAAUAUUAAUAGGUUUGGGUAUAAGGUAUUGGCCGGCAAACAUAUCCACUGGCUGUCCGGCUAGAGUUGCCGACGCCGGCAAUAUAUUUGUACGAAUAUCUAAACACAUUGAUUGGAUUAUCAAUACUGUAGCAGCACACUAACAAAUAUAUAUACAUACCUACACACACAUAUACACACAUAUACACAUAUACACACACAUACACACACAUACACACACAUACAUACACAUACACAUACACAUACACAUACACAUACACAUACACAUACACACACAUACAUAUACAUAUACACACACAUACACACACACACACAUAUAUACAUAUAUAUAUAUAUA